AUGAAAAAAAAUUAUUGGGAUGAAAUGAGAAAUAGAUUGAUUACUGAUUUUAAUUUAGGCUCUCCACUUCAAAAAAGAGUCGCUUUUUUGGAAUCUAAAGGUUUAACUUCAGAAGAAAUUGAAGAAGCCCUUAAACAAGCAAAGGCUGGCCAGAUAGACUGGAGAGACUAUUUUAUUGCGGCUGUUCUAAUUGAUCAAUUUACAACCACUAUGGAAAAAUUAGAAGUAGUUAAGGCAGAUGCACAAUUAGUUAAGAAUACUAUUGAUGAACAAGUGGUUAAAGUUAAAGGAACAUUGGAUAAUCUUGACGAUGUGUUGAGGAAUUUACGUGAAAAGGAUGAUAAAAGAGAUGUAGAAAUUAAAAGAUUAAAAGAAUACGUAAAUGAAAUUAGAGAUUUAGUUCCAAAG